UUAUGAAUAGUAAUAAGUAUCCCACAUUGGUUUAGUGUUCCUAGUUGUGAUAGUUCUCUUACAUAUAAAUAUGUACUCUUAUCUCCAAUAUAAAUACACCUUCCUACUUCUUCUUCUUCAAUAUGUUUUAUAUCUUUAUUCUCUACAUGGUAUCAGAGCAUGUUAGAUACUUGAUAAUUUUUUCUACUGUAUGUAUUUAUGAAUAGUACUUUACGUAUUUAUGAAUAGUUUUUUUUUUUUUUUUUCUCUAUUCCUAUAAGUAUGCUCUGUGGUUGCAGCAUUGUCUGAUCUUCCACAUCAGAAAUUUUUUUUUUUCUUUCUUUGUUUUCCUUCAUCUCUCCGGCUGGCACUACUAUUGCUGCUCGGGUCUCCCCGUCGCACAGCCUCCCUCUCUAGCUUUUGUUUUCAGCCACCGUUGCUGCCUAUUCUCUAUAUAGGGUUUCAGUUUUCUAAUCCUUUUACAUCAUGUCUGAUUCAAAAUCCGCUGCCCUAGGAACCACCAUAAAAUUGAAUGGUUCCAAUUAUCUUCUCUGGUCUCGUGCCUUUCUAUUGUUCUUAGGCUCUCAGAAAAACAAAACACAUGUUCUAAGUGAUCCAGUUGCUUCUACGGAUCUCAAAUAUGAUGUCUGGAGUGCCGACGAUUGUGCUGUCAUGACUUGGCUUUUGAAUAGUCUUGAAGACUCUGUUAGUAAGAAUAUCAUGUUCUUAGAAACUGCUAAGGACAUGUGGGAUACAUUACGGCAGAUGUAUUCCAAUGACAAGAACGUAUCUCGUGUCUUCGAGUUAUAUGAGAAACUUUUCUCUCAUACUCAGUCUGGCCAAUCAGUUAAUGACUAUUUCUCUACACUCAAAGGACUUGCUGAUGAAAUUCUUGUUUAUCAUCCACUAUCCUGUUCUGUCACUCAGCGGGCCACACAGUGGGAAGAGUUCAUGGUUGCCAAAUUCUUAUCAGGUUUAGAUGCUGAUCUCCGACCAGUUCGUGACAGCCUGUUAUCAAGUGAUAAUGUUCCAUCAUUAUCCAAUGCCUUAUCUCGUGUGUUGCGGGUUUCCACUGGUCGUACCGAUGAUGCUACUUCACCUAAUUCUUCUGCCAUGGCUGCUCGCGGUCAGAAUUCUCAUGUUAGUACCUCUUUUUCGCCCUCCAGCCAGGCUAUUCAGAAUCAAAAUUAUGCUCACGGUCAAAGUUCUUACGGUGGUCGUGGUCGUGGCCGUAGUGGUGAACGAGGUCGUGGCCGAGGUCGCGGUUCUGAUCGUUAUUUCUUCCUCCAGUGAUGAUACGGUCUCGCUCUCACGGGCUCAAUACGACAAACUGAUCCAAUCCAUCAAUUUGUCAUCUGGUACUGCUCCAUCUACUAGUGCAGCCUCUCCUAUAGUUGCUUCCGCAGGUGCGUUUGCAGUGUCUCAUGGACCUGCAGACGAAGAAGACGAUUGGUGGAGGACAUGAGCGUGACGGGGUUUACUACUUGGAUUCUGGUAUUCCUGCACCUUCGCGUGCUCUCUCUGCCACCGU